AGGCGGAGCAGCGGCGGCGGCGGCGGCGGCUCCGUGCCUCGCCGCCUCCCCUCCUUGCGCGGCUGCUGCUCGGCGAGCGCGGCGGGAGAGCCCAGCUCGGCCGGGGCAGGAGGGCGGGCGUCGGGGCGGCCCAUGGCGGCGGCGGCGGCGGCGGCGCUGCUGCCCUGGCGGCGGAGCAAGUGGGUGCUGGUGGGGCGCGAGGAGCGCAAGCGGCCGGGGAAGGGCUGGGCGCCGCGGCUGAGCUGCGCCUCGCUGCUGGCCGGCCUGCUGGGCUCCUGCCCGGAGCUGUGGCCGGCGGGGGCGCCGGGCGGCCUCUUCCGCCGCCGGCGCCGGACGGCCCGGCUGAACGCCGAGGAGCCCACCUUCCGCGCCUGCUACCUGGGCCACGCGGCCACCCUGCUGGCCAAGGGCGAGGGCUGCGCCGAGGCGGCGGUGGAGAAGCUCUGGGCGCGCAGCCAGGCCGGCCGGCGCGGCGCCCGCACGCAGCUCAGCCUGGGCCCGCAGGGGCUGCACCUGCGCCCGGUCGCCGCCGCCGCCGCCGCCAAGGAGGGCCGCCCCCGGGCCGGGCACGCCUACCUGCUGCACCGCAUCACCUACUGCGCGGCCGACCGGCGCCACCCGCGGGUGCUGGCCUGGGUCUACCGGCACCAGGUGAAGAACAAGGCGGUGGCGCUGCGCUGCCACGCGGUGCUGCUCUCGCGGGCCGAGAAGGCGCAGGCGGCGGCCCGGCUGCUCUUCCAGACCUCGGCCGCCGCCUUCGACGAGUUCAAGCGGCUGCAGCGGCGGAGCGACGCGCGCCGGCUCCAGCGGCAGCUGCUCGGGGAGGCCGUCGUCCCGCUGGCGCCCCUGCGCAGGCUGCUCAACGCCAAGUGCCCCUACCGGCCCCCGCCGGACCGCGGCCGCAACGGGUCCCGGCUCAGCUCCAUCCAGGAGGAGGAGGAGGAGGAGGAGGAGCAGGAGCAGGAGCAGGAGGAAGGCAGGAGGAGGAAAGAGCAUCUGGCGCCUUUGGGCAUGGCCACCGGUGCCCCCCUCGACUGGCUGGCCACCUGCUCCAUCAUCUGCGCCAUCGGCUCGGCGGGCCCGGCCCUCUGGGCUGACCACACGGCCCAUAGGGGCCGCCCCGGCGCUGCCCUUCCAGAGCCCAAGAUGACCAGGUGCCUGGAGCGGCCGGAGAUGCAGACUUUGGUGCGGGAAUUCCAGUUCUGCAGCUUGCAGGGUGCGCUGCCCGUGGGGGACACGGCCUCCUGGAGGCCACCUAGCCGGGAGCCCCCUUGCCUGUCCCGCUAGGAGCACCGAAGCCAUAAUUUUCUAAUUCCUGGAGAUUUGGGCAGGAGAGACAAGUGGGCGUGGGGAACACAACGUCUCUUCCAUGUUGUUCCCUCCUGGCAACAAAUCCAGAGUCCGACACGCAACCGAACCAUCACAUCCUCCUCCUCGUCAACUGAACUCCUUCGUCUGUGCCACGUUAAUCGCAGCCCUUUUUUCUCUUUUUCGCUUGGGGAGAAACAACCAGAAGCUUUGCGCCCUUUUCUGUGGACUUUGGAGGUUGGCAGAAAGAAGCCCCUGUGAGCUGGUGCUCAGCAGGAUGGGACUCUUGGUACAUUGCUGGGGGGGGCAGUUUUUACAUAUUUGGUGGCCUUGGGGAGGGAGAGAAGAUGGUGUUUGUACUUGCUGAACUGCAAAAAUUGUGGGGGGGAGGG